UCAAACCCAUUUCGUUCGUCCGAAAGGCGUCGGAAUAGUCGUAAAUAUAUGACGACACGUCGUCGUUUCCUGGACGGGUUACAUCGUCUUGGAGCUCUAAACCCUGAGAGUCCUGAACCUUCAUUCUCUCUUAAACCCUAAACAGGGAGAAGAAUAUCAAUCUUUGUUUUCCCAUUCAUCUUACAAAUCCCAAAAUAAUGUCAUUUCUCAUACUCAGAAAAUCACUUAGAAGCUCCAAAGUCACCACGCAAAACCCUAGAAUUUCCUUCCUAUUCUCUUACGGGUCUCCUUCAUUUUUGUACAAAACCACAGAAGCCCCAUCUGGGUCUCGCCGAUUGUCGCAUUUAAUACCAGAAAACCCUAUUCCACCAUCUGGGUCUCCCAUUUACAGGCAUAGCUUUUCUGGAAUUUACUCCAAUUCACUUCCAAGCAUCAAAAACCUUAGCCAAUUUCGCCAAAGUCCAGUCAUUUUGACGCUGUUUCGAUAUUUUGGUACUGAAGCUGCUAUACAGCCCUCAACUGCAGAUGGGCUCACGGUCGAGGGGAUCUUAGCUAGUAAUUGGACAAUUCUUGAUGAGAGUGAGAGUGAUUGGAAGAGUCAUGCUGCUGCAAUUGCUCAAUCCAUUCAUCUGAUCAAGAAGCGCUUGAGGUGGAAGAAAUUGGUGGUUAGGUUGGAUUUGUUAUCGAUGGAGCUGAAUAAGCCAGAUCUUUGGGAUGACCCUGUGCAUGCCGGGAAGAUUAGCCGUGAACAUGGUUCUCUCAUGGGUAAAAUGAAACAGGUGAGGGCAUUUGAGCGGGAACUGCUAGAGCAUAUUGACAUGAUUAAGCUCGCUGGUGAGGAGAAUGAUGCAGACAUGGAAUCGGAAUCAUUGAAAGCUUUGGUUAGGAUGAGAAGAAAUUCAAAGGAGAAAGAGCUUCAAGCUAUGUUAGCUGGGGAGCAGGAUUCUUGCUCUUGUUACAUAGAGGUUCAAGCUGGAGCUGGGGGUACUGAGAGCAUGGAUUGGGCAGCAAUGGUCAUGCAGAUGUAUAAAAUGUGGGCUCAGCAACGUGGAUAUAAAGUAACCGUUGUGGAUGAAAUGCCUGGUGAGAUGGCCGGAAUCAAGCGGGCAACAAUCAAAGUGGAUGGCGAAUAUGCUUUUGGAUACGCCAAAGCAGAAGUAGGAGUCCACAGGUUGGUACGUAUCUCGCCUUUUGACAGUAAUAAGCGCCGGCAUACUUCAUUUGCUGCUGUCGCUGUAAUUCCAAUCAUGGGCGAUGGAUCUACCCGUGUACAAAUCAAUGAAUCUGAUCUCCGUAUUGAGCGGUUUCGUGCCGGGGGUGCUGGCGGGCAGCAUGUUAAUACAACUGAGAGUGCUGUGAGGAUAGUUCACAUUCCCACAGGAAUUACUGCCACUUGUCAAAAUGAAAGAUCACAACAUCAAAACAAGGCUUCGGCGAUGGCUGUGCUUCAGUCUCGAGUGGACCAGCUCGAGAUGGCUCGCCAGGCUCAGAUGAAUGCACAGCAUACUCAAUCUCUCACUGACAUAACGUGGGGCAGCCAGAUUCGUAGUUAUGUGCUUCAUCCUUACCGCAUGGUGAAAGAUCUGCGAACUAGCUAUGAAGUUUCGGAUCCUGAUUCUGUCCUUGAAGGAGAUCUGGACGGCUUCAUCAUGAGCUAUUUAUCAGCUUCCAUUGAUAAAGAUGAAGAUGGCCGGUGAUCUUAGUUACCGGAUUUCAUUGGCAUUAUGCAUAUUGUCACAGCUGAAUCCAUGCAAAGGUUGAACAUCUGACUCGUGAUAAUUAGCCAUAUCUUGACUAACAACAAGCCAAUCAGCUGCAACGAUGUUCCCUGUCAGGCAUGGGCUUUUGAUGGUCAUGUAGAGAUGAUAUAGUUAAAUUUAGAGAGGGCAUGGCAAUAAAGAUUUUAGUAGUAGGAUGAAAAACGGUCCUUCAAAUGUUUAUUUGUGGUGGAUACAAUCAAUUCAUCGAUACCAAGUUAUUGUCAAUACUUUUUCUUCAAUGAAAUAUUUAUUUGUAGUG